GCCAAGAAAUGAAACGAUCUCGGGAAGACAUACAUGUGAAUACAUUUACAACACUAAUAGUGUAUUAUGGCUUGCAGGUGAAGCUCGUUGUGGGAAGUCGGGUUUGAUCUAUUUCGGCGUUCCCCAUCGCUCAGAAUGCUCAUCCAACGAAUGCCGAUUGCGAAUAGAAGAAGAAGGUCGGCCGUAGGUCAUUGUUUGAGGUAAAAAUGGCGACUGUCACUCAAUCAAAUACAUCUGGAAGCCCGAAUGCGACGGGAGUGUGGAAUCGAUUGUCUCCAGAAGAGUUUCAACAGCUCCAGGAGUACACUAAGUAUGCCAAGACACGUCGAUUGACAGAUGUUCUUCAACAGUUCCGCGAUGGGGUUUAUCCUCAGUAUAACCCAGAGAAGCCAAUGGACUAUGAGGGAUUCAAAUUAUUUAUGUCUGCUUAUCUUGGUAGUAAUGUGAGUGAGGAUUUAUGUGAACAUCUCUUUUGGGCAUUCCAUAAACAAGUCGCUGUGCAGUCUCCAUCUCUGUCACAAACUAUCAUAGAUAGUGUGGCUGUAUCAGUGGUUGCAUCCAAUUCCCAACAAGACCUUAACAAACAUGACAGGAGACUUUCAGAAAUUCCAGGUAUCCACAGUGGAGCUGGAACUGCAGCGCUGGUUGCCACAGCAGCUGCAAUAGGGGUUGGCGAUAAACCUGAAAUAACACUAUCUAAAGCCAAUGAUGAAGUUGCUGAGUCCAAUGUUAAAGCUAAUGGAUCACCCACAGUUAAAACUAAUAAUAAUGAUUCUAAAGGCAGUAUACAACCUUCCCUCACACUGUCACCAGCGCCUGCUCAAGACACUCUAGGGCUUGGUACGUGGGGGCGAAAAUCACCUGAUUUAAAACAUCACUUCCGAAGACACUCUAGUGGCUCGUUCAUGGCAUUUAAAGUGGCCAAUGAACACCCUCCUGCCCACCCCCGCUCAAGUUCACAGAGAAAGAAAAUGUCAAGUGAACAAGUGAACCUGCUGAAUGCCAAUGCACAGGCCAAAACAGUACCUAUGGUUUCUAUCAGGGAGAUUGCUUGUUAUCUUUCCAUGCUGGAAGGUGGAAAAGUCGAGGAUAAGCUGGAGUUUGUUUUCAGAGUGUAUGACAGUGAUGGAAAUGAGUAUCUAGAUUCCCAGGAAUUGGAAUGCAUUACUCAGCAAAUGAUGAGUGUAGCUCAAUAUCUUGGUUGGGAUGUCACAGAACUCAAACCAAUCUUGCAGGACAUGUUGGUAGAGCUGGAUGAUGAUGCUGAUGGCCAGAUCUCUUUAGAUGAGUGGAUCAGAGGAGGACGUAACACAAUACCACUUAGAGUACUGCUUGGCUUAGAAACUCAAAUUCUCGAUGAUGGUCAGCAUCAGUGGCGUCAAAAACGCUUCAACAGAAAUGCUUUCUGUAACAGAUGUCUUAAUGUCCUGAAUGGGUUUGCUCUUAGCUAUCAAGGUCUUCAAUGCCCAUUUUGUAAGUAUACAGUUCAUGAGCGUUGUGUUGAGAGAGUACCAGCAUCUUGUAUCACCACAUAUGUCAAGUCUUCAAGAAGAAGUGGGAAAAUGAGCAUGGAUCAUCACUGGACAGAAGGAAACUGCCCUGGCAAGUGUUUCAAGUGUGGUAAAGCCGUCAAGAGUAACAACUGUCUUACUGGAUUACGCUGUGCUUGGUGUCAAGUCACGGUUCACAACAAAUGUGCAACUCAUAUGGCACCAGAGUGUAACCUUGGAGAACACAGAGAGCUUAUCUUGCCACCAGUCUGCAUCUCUCCAGCUGGUGGGCUGGACAGGAAAAGGGACAACUCCACCCCUGAAGCUCAUAGGAAGAGAGCCAACUCUUAUGUCAAUUUUGAGGGGAUACCAAUGCAGAUUUCACCAUUACGCGGGACACAUCCCUUGGCUGUGUUUAUCAACCCUAAGAGUGGUGGCCGACAGGGUGCAAGAUUACUUCACAAGUUUCAGUACUUACUCAAUCCGCGGCAGGUCUUCAAUCUUGGCGAUGGUGGACCCACACCAGGACUGAAGUUCUUUCAAAGUGUGCCUGAUUUCCGUGUCCUAUGCUGUGGCGGAGAUGGAACAGUAGGCUGGGUUCUAGCCACCAUAGAUAAAUUACAGAUGAAGAAGCCACCACCAGUUGCUGUUUUACCUCUUGGAACUGGAAACGACUUAGCUCGAUGCUUGAAGUGGGGAGGAGGAUAUGAAGGUGGAAGUAUUUCCAAGGUGUUGAGUCUGAUUCAAAAGAGCUCGGUUGUAAGUCUUGACAGAUGGUCCGUCUCAUUCAAGCAAACUAACAAAGAAGACAGUGGAGAUCCACCUCCACUGGACAUCAUCAACAACUACUUCUCAAUUGGCGUGGAUGCGUCAGUUGCGCUCAAGUUUCAUUUGCAGAGAGAAAAGAAUCCUGAAAAGUUCAACAGCAGGUUAAAAAAUAAAUUUCGUUAUUUUGAAUGUGGAACAUCGGAGACCCUUUCAGCAACUUGCAAGAAUCUUCACGAGGAAAUUGAAAUCAUUUGUGAUGAUACACCAUUAGCACUGCCUCAGCUGGAAGGAAUUGCUGUGGUAAAUAUUCCCAGCGUAUACGGUGGAGCAAACCUCUGGGGUGAAACGGACAAGAAGAAGGCCAGACGGUCACGUGCGAAAGCAGGAGGAAAUGAACUGGACUGGGCUGUACAAGACAUAGGAGACGGGAAGUUGGAGGUGGUCGGACUUGAAAACACUCUGUUUGUCAGUCAGAUUAUUGUCGGCGUCAGAGCCCAUGGCCUUAGAUUGGCUCAAUGCUCCUCAGUCGUAAUAAGGACCAAAAAGCUGUUUCCAAUGCAGAUUGAUGGAGAGCCAUGGAUGCAACCACCAGCCGAGAUUGUGAUCUCACACAAGAAUCAGGUCCCUAUGCUUCAAGGACCGCCACCCGUCAAAAGCUCCUUCUUCUUUAGAAGGAGAAAAACACGAGACCCUGAAUUGGAGAGUGAGAUUUAAUUACCCUGUUUUUUGCAUCGGCCUAUUAUUAUAGCUGGGGAUAUCUAAGAAAGUGGAGAUGACUCUAGUGAUGACAAGGCAGCUGUACGCAAACGCUUAAGUAUCGCCUAGUGGCGGAGUAACAGUGCUAGUUAUUAGACUGCGUAAGAUGUAAUUUGAUUUUUUCCCAAACAAAAAUGGCGUUAAUCACUGUUUUAGGAUCUUAAUGAUUUCUUAUCAUUAUUUGAGGUUUUUAUUUUAAAGUGGAUGUAUUAUUUUUAUUCAAAGUAGAGUUUGGGGGCAAAUAAUGGGAGUCGGUUUUUGCUAAAGUUAUACCGGCUGUGCACAGCUGUGCAUUUUUAUCCUUGAUCCCUUCUCGUGGUUAUGGUAAUUUUGCCUACUGAGAAUAUCGCAGCCUCUGUUCAUUAUAUGGGCAAAAGUACUACCUGACUACACAUUUGCUUUUACUUGUAUUUAAUUUUCAUUGGGUCAAUUUGGAAGUUUGAAUGGCCAUGCGCUUAGCUAUAUAUUGACGCUAAAUUAAGAAGUGUACAGAAAAAGGCAAACGCUGUUGACCAGCGUAUGAGUCCAGCGAGCCGCAGCUCAGCUGAGACGUCAAUCUUCAUUGUUAUUUAUUGCUAGUUUACAUCUACAAAAUAUAUGUAACGUAGUUAGAAUUAAGGAAUAGAGAACGACAAAGUUAGAAAGGUCAAGCUUAAGCCAGCCUUGUUGAACCUUCCCAUUUACCAGAUCAAAAUAAGGAUUCUCCAUGGCGAUUUAUAGAGCCUGGAAUCGCCGUGCUGUCGGUUCAGAGAACCUCAUGAUUGGUGACGAGAAAUGCGUUGUUGAUCAUGUUGUGAAUGGACCAGUUUACACUGCUGAUGUCGUAUCAUGACCUGUUGUAGCUGAAUAUUGAAUUCGGUGAUUUACAGUAGCUGUCCAAUAAGAAUAUAUAUGAAUGAAAGAGUAUAAUAAUCCACGAUGGGUUUCAACCCUAAAUGUCUAUUUAAAUACUGAUAUUAUAUGGGAAACUGGUUGUCAUAUCACUGUGAUAUCCACCUGGAAAGGGGCUCAUUCCAUUACCCGCAAGCGAACGACGGCUGAUCUGCGGCGGAAUGUGGAGUGAGAUCACACUGUCACACUGUCACACACCUCUUAAACGCGAUUGGCGUAGCUUAUGCCGUCUUUGUUAUGUUUUUCAAUUGUUGUCAAUGAAAUUUAUUAUCUGAAAGGUCCUUAAGUAAAGUGGAUAAAAUAGUGUGCUAAUAGCUUCACUGUCGGGUCAUUGUCUAUAACACUGUUUUUUCUGACGAAUUCCUCGUUGUUGGUCAGAGAGGUGACAGACUUUAUGCACAGUGCUUGUGAGUGCCUUUUUCGCGUGAAGGUAGUAUUAGAAAUGGAAGGUGAAACACGUGUGUCACGUGUAUUUUGACACUGAUACGGAAUCUUUCAUUUUGCACAGAGAAAAAAAUAAAAUCACGAUGUAUGCAGUGAAGAUAAAGUUUUCGCCGUAAAGG